CGGAGCUGGGCCAGUAAAGGCAAACGUUUCUUCAUUUCCGUCGACUGCCAAGUCGGUGCGUGCGGGCAGCGUUAUUUUCGAUUUGUUCUUUUAUUGCGGACUGGAACGGAAGAAUCGAUGUUAAAAACCAAAACCUUCGUUAAGAAGACGCGGUCUGGGGCAGUACUGAAGAUCGUGCGCGAGCAUUACCUGCGCGAUGAUAUCUUGUGCGGCUGGCGGCUGUGCGAGGAGUGCGAGGCCCAGGCCUCGGCCUCCCUCAGCGACGAGCCCUGCAGCAGUAGCGAGUUGUGCCCGCAGCCCCAUUUCCUACUUCCCGACACCAACGUGGUGCUUCAUCAGAUUGAUAUCCUUGAAGAUCCUGCAAUCCAGAAUGUGAUAAUCUUGCAGACUGUGUUGCAAGAGGUCAGACAUCGAAGUGCUCCAGUGUACAAAAGAAUUAAGGAUGUGAUUAACAACCCUGAAAAACAUUUUUAUACUUUUACAAAUGAACAUCACAAAGAUACCUACAUAGAACAAGAACAAGGUGAAGGUGCAAAUGACAGAAAUGAUCGAGCAAUACGAGUAGCAGUGAAGUGGUAUAAUGGGCAUUUUAAAAAGUCACAGAACAGCAAUGUGCAUGUACAGGUCAUCUUGAUGACAAAUGAUAAAAAGAACAAGGAGCGUGCUGUUGAAGAUGGCUUGGUUGCAUUCACUUGUGAAGAAUAUAUCAAGAAUUUGGCUGGAAAUCCAGAUCUAAUUGAUAGGCUGGCUUGUAUUUCUGAUAAUAGUAAAGAAAUAGAGAGUGGUAAGCUGCUUUUUGCAGAACAUUUACCUCUGUCCAAAAUACAACAAGGUUUGAAGUCUAAUUCUUACCUUCAAGGGACCUUUCGAGCCAACAGGGACAACUAUCUGGAAGCUACAGUCUGGGUCCAUGGUGAAGAAGGAAAAAGCAAAGAGAUUUUUAUUCAGGGGUUGAAGAAUCUUAAUCGUGCUAUCCAUGAAGAUGUAGUAGCUGUAGAAUUGUUACCCCAAGAGAUGUGGAUUGCACCAUCAGCAGUUGUACUUCAGGAUGAAGGACAAGUUGAAGAGGGUGGAGAAGAUCAGCAAGAACAUCUUCUGAAGAAAGUUACAACUAAGAAUGUUUCAAAGCCAACGGGUAAAGUUGUGGGAAUAAUUAAAAGGAACUGGAGACCAUACUGUGGCAUGAUUUCAAAAUCAGAAAUUAAAGAGUCAACAAGACAUUUGUUCACACCGGCAGACCGCAGGAUUCCUAGGAUUCGAAUAGAAACACGACAGGCUGCUACACUUGAGAAGCACAGAAUAAUUGUUGUAAUUGAUGGUUGGCCAAGAAAUUCUCGCUAUCCCAAUGGCCACUUUGUCAAAACUCUAGGAAAUGCUGGUGAUAAAGAAACAGAAACUGAAGUUCUUCUCUUGGAGCAUGAUGUCCCACAUCAGCCUUUCUCACAGGCUGUUCUUAGCUUUCUGCCUAAGAUGCCUUGGGGAAUCACAGAACAGGACCUGAAAGAGCGGAAGGACCUAAGGCAACUCCAUAUCUGCAGUGUGGAUCCUCCUGGAUGUACAGAUAUCGAUGAUGCUCUGCAUUGUAGAGAAUUGGAGAAUGGAAAUCUGGAAGUUGGCGUACACAUUGCAGAUGUGAGCCACUUCAUUCGCCCAGGAAAUGCACUGGACCAAGAGUCAGCAAAUCGGGGAACGACAGUUUACCUUUGCGAGAAGAGGAUUGACAUGGUUCCAGAACUGCUCAGCUCAAAUCUUUGCUCUUUAAGAUCCAACGUGGAGAGGUUUGCAUUUUCUUGUAUUUGGGAAAUGACACACAGUGCUGAAAUCCUAAAUACUAAGUUUACAAAAAGUGUUAUUAAUUCAAAGGCAUCACUUACAUAUGCAGAAGCACAGAUGAGAAUUGAUGAUGAAAACAUGAAUGAUGAGGUCACAAAAGGACUUCGCCGCUUAAAUAAACUGGCAAAGAUUCUGAAAAAGAAGAGGAUUGACAAUGGUGCUCUCACAUUAUCUUCUCCAGAAGUCCGAUUUCACAUGGACAGUGAGACACAUGAUCCUAUCGACCUGCAAACCAAAGAAUUAAAAGAAACCAAUUCAAUGGUAGAGGAGUUCAUGCUGCAGGCCAACAUCUCAGUUGCACAGAAAAUUUAUGAAGAAUUCCCAGAAUGUGCACUGCUCAGAAAGCAUCCAGCACCACCUCCAUCCAAUUAUGACAUCCUUAUUAAAGCAGCAAAUUCUAAAAAUUUAGAAGUAAAGACUGAUUCAGCAAAGGCCUUGGCAGAGUCUUUAGAUAAAGCAGAGGUUCCUGGAUCCCCAUAUUUGAACACACUCCUGCGAAUUCUGACCACACGUUGCAUGAUGCAGGCUGUCUACUUCUGUUCAGGAAUGGAUACUGACUUUCACCAUUUUGGUCUUGCUUCAUCUAUCUAUACUCACUUUACGUCACCUAUAAGAAGAUACUCUGAUAUAAUAGUACAUCGUCUCUUAGCUGUGGCUAUUAAAGCUGACUCCACCUACCCAGAUCUCAUGGAUAAGCACAAACAGCAAGCUUUAUGUAAUAAUCUUAAUUAUCGUCACAAAAUGGCACAAUAUUCCCAGCGGGCUUCUGUGGCAUUCCACAGUCAGUUAUUCUUUAAAAACAAAGGAAUCAUUGAUGAAGUUGGCUACAUUCUGUUUGUGAAGAAGAAUGCCAUUGUGGUGCUAAUUCCAAAGUUUGGAUUGGAGGGUACAGUUUUCUUUGAAGAAAAAGGCAAGCAAGCCCCAAAGAUGUACUACAAUGAAGAGAUCCCUUCUUUAACAGUAGAAGAGGCAUCAUUUAAACUGUUUGACAAGGUAACUGUGACAAUCAUGGUGGAUGCAUCAAACAUACAGCACCAGAAGAUUAGAAUGAGUCUGGUUGAUCCAGUGAUUCCUGGAAUCAGUGUUCCAAGAACUAUUUCACAGCAAAGCACUGCUAAUGAUGAACCUGAAGUGAAGAAAGCCAGGCGAAGUUAAAAAGGUUGAUAAUCAGAAUUUCUCUUCUGUUACUACUUUUAAACGAUUGACUAUUCAUGUAUGAGGGAAGUCUUUUGGAUGAUAUACAUGUUUUUGUAAUAGCAAAUGUCCAGUCUUUUGAAUAAACUAAUUUUUUAUACCUCA